AUGCUGCUCCGCGGAACAAGCAAGUGGGCGUCGUCAUGGGGUCAUCUGCACCCCCUCUACGUGCUCUUCUUCCUCCUUAACGCCUGCACGCUCUUCGGUCUCGUGUGGUUCAACACCAGCUUUACCACCACCCCAACCACUACCAGCAGCAGCAGCCGCAGCAGCAGCAGCAGCAGCAGCAGCAGCCGCAGCAGCAACAGCAGCAGCAGUCCGACAACCUGGUCCGUAGCAAUUGGCCGCGGGAGGGGCGAAGGGAAGCGGGAUGCGGGAGGUGUGGCGGAAGGGGUGGAUGGGGGUAAAAGGGGGACGGAGAAGGGGAGCACGGGGAGGAGCGGGACGGAGCAGGGGGGCGGGUGGGACGUGGGCGCAGAGGAGAAGUUUCUGUGGUACGCGGCGCACAGUGGAUUCAGCAACCAGUGCUGCCCCCACUGCUCCCCCCAAUGCUGCCCCCAAUGUUCCCCCCAAUGCUGCCCCCAAUGUUCCCCCCAAUGCUGCCCCCAAUGUUCCCCCAAUGCUGCCCCCAAUGUUCCCCCCAAUGCUGCCCCCAAUGCUGCCCCCAAUGCUGCCCCCAAUGCUGCCCCCAAUGCUGCCCCCAAUGCUGCCCCCAAUGCUGCCCCCAAUGCUGCCUCCAAUGUUCCCCCCAAUGCUGCCCCCAAUGCUGCCCCCAAUGUUCCCCCCAAUGCUGCCCCCAAUGCUGCCCCCAAUGCUGCCUCCAAUGUUCCCCCCAAUGCUGCCCCCAAUGCUGCCCCCAAUGUUCCCCCCAAUGCUGCCCCCAAUGCUGCCCCCAAUGCUGCCCCCAAUGCUGCCCCCAAUGCUGCCCCCAAUGCUGCCCCCAAUGCUGCCCCCAAUGCUGCCCCCAAUGCUGCCCCCAAUGCUGCCCCCAAUGCUGCCCCCAAUGCUGCCUCCAAUGUUCCCCCCAAUGCUGCCCCCAAUGCUGCCCCCAAUGUUCCCCCCAAUGCUGCCCCCAAUGCUGCCCCCAAUGUUCCCCCCAAUGCUGCCCCCAAUGCUGCCCCCAAUGCUGCCCCCAAUGCUGCCCCCAAUGCUGCCCCCAAUGCUGCCCCCAAUGCUGCCCCCAAUGCUGCCCCCAAUGCUGCCCCCAAUGCUGCCCCCAAUGCUGCCCCCAAUGCUGCCCCCAAUGCUGCCCCCAAUGCUGCCCCCACUGCUGCCCCCAAUGCUGCCCCCACUGCUGCCCCCACUGCUCCCCCCAUGCCCAUCGUCCCCACACGACAUGCGAGCACCAGGUGA